AUGGAACCAGUUGAAGAAAAAGUUAAAGCCUAUCAUUCGAGUUUUUUGGAGCCGACUCAAAUAAUAGGAAACACAGCCAUACUACCUUUUAGAACUAAAAUUAGAGGGCCUGCGCCUCCAUUUACUUCAGAAGAGCAAGAUAUAAUUGACGAGACAUUGUAUUAUUUUAAGGCUAAUGUAUUUUUUAGGACCUAUGAAAUCAAAUCUGAAUCGGAUCGUUUAUUGAUAUACAUUACUCUAUACAUUACAGAAUGUUUGAAGAAAUUGCAGAGAUGUAGUAAUAAGAGUCAGGCUCAGAAUGAAAUGUAUUCUCUUGCUAUAUCUAGAUUUGAUCUACCAGGAGACGCUGGGUUCCCUUUAAACUCUGUUUACGGGAAACCAGCCAGUUCUACAGAUGCAGAUUUCUUGAAGAGCUACUUGACCCAGUUACGGCAAGAAGUGGGAUUACGUGUGCUAGAUAGAGUUUUCGGUGAGGAUGGCAAACCCAGCAAGUGGUGGUUGUGUUUUGCCAAAAAGAAGUUCAUGGAUAAAAGUUUAAGCGGCCCUGGUCAAUAA